AUGGGUGUCAACGACCAUGAUGUUACAGUACCCCUCCAGACGGAGCAACGUGCACCAGUCGAGUUGAAAAAUUUCAAAGAUUUAAAAAUGUUCGCUGAAGAAGAGACGACAACGACGUCUUCUAGUUUAAGAAACUCUGAAACUGAAUCUUCGAAAACUGCGAGAUCCGUCCCAGAGGAGAUUAUUUUUCCUGAGGGACGCCUCACAAAAUGCUUGGCCUUCUCGGCAGUAGUCAUCGCGUUGGCCUCGUUCCAAUUCGGAUAUCAUAUCGGAUGUGUGAACGCUCCAGGAGGGCUCAUCACUGAAUGGAUCAUCGGAUCUCACAAAGAUCUUUUCGGAAAGGAGCUCACCAGAGAGAAUGCCGAUUUGGCUUGGUCUGUGGCUGUAUCAGUUUUCGCUGUUGGUGGAAUGGCAGGAGGACUUUUGUCGGGAUGGUUGGCUGAUAAGGUCGGACGACGUGGAGCCUUGUUCUACAACAAUAUCCUGGCUUUGGCAGCUGCUGCACUUAUGGGAUUGGCCAAGUCGGUUGGAGCUUAUCCAAUGAUUAUUUUGGGUAGACUCAUCAUUGGUUUCAAUUGUGGACUCUCCUCGGGACUCGUGCCAAUGUACCUGACAGAAAUAUCUCCGGUCAACCUUCGUGGAAUGCUCGGAUCCCUACCACAACUGUGUGUCACCAUUGCCAUCCUGGUCUCCCAAAUCUUCGGACUUCCCCAUUUGCUGGGUACCGAAGACCGUUGGCCACUGAUCUUGGCCUUCACCGUCGUCCCAGCUGUUCUUCAAUUGUCUCUCUUGCUUUUGUGUCCAGAGUCGCCAAAAUACACAAUGGGAGUUCGUGGAUUGAAGCAAGAAGCUGAAAACGCGUUGAAGAAGCUUCGUGGAACUGACGACGUGGCUGCUGAAAUUCAGGCAAUGGAGGAUGAGGCGGCUGCUGUUCAAGGACAAGCCAAACCAACAAUGGGAGACAUGUUCAAGGGUGCCCUCCUCUGGCCAAUGUCCAUCGCCAUCAUGAUGAUGUUGGCACAACAACUAUCCGGUAUCAACGUCGCCAUGUUCUACUCUACAGUAAUCUUCCGUGGCGCUGGACUCACUGGAAACGAGCCAUUCUACGCUACCAUCGGAAUGGGAGCUGUCAAUGUGAUCAUGACAUUGAUCUCGGUUUGGUUGGUGGACCAUCCAAAGUUCGGAAGACGAUCCCUUCUGUUGGCUGGACUCACUGGAAUGUUUUUCUCCACUCUUCUUUUGGUCGGAGCUUUGACACUUCAAAAUCAGGGACCAGAUUAUAAGUGGGCCUCUUACUCUGCCAUCGUUCUUGUCCUCCUCUUCGUUAUCUCGUUUGCCACUGGUCCAGGAGCCAUCCCAUGGUUCUUUGUCUCCGAAAUCUUUGAUUCAUCUGCUCGUGGAAGCGCCAACUCCAUUGCUGUCAUGGUCAACUGGGCUGCUAACUUGUUGGUCGGACUCACCUUCUUGCCAAUUAAUAACCUCCUCGGUCAAUUCUCCUUCUUCAUCUUCUCCGGAUUCCUCGCAUUCUUUAUCUUCUACACGUGGAAGUUUGUUCCAGAGACGAAAGGAAAAUCGAUCGAUCAAAUUCAAGCAGAAUUUGAGAAGAGGAAGUAG